AUGGGUUGUAUAGCAUCUAAAUAAUCCUAAAAUGCUUCUAGAGAUAAUCCUCAUAGUUAACUUAAUUGUUCAAAUGAUCUACCAAGACAAAAACUAUUAACUUUAGAGACUAAACCAGAGGAAAGGAAAAGCAAAUAACCGAAGUCUUUAGAUAAAAACAAGAUUGUUGAAUUAUUUUAAGCUGAGCAUCAAUAAAUCUAUAGGAAUAAGAAGUUCCAACAUGAUUAUUUUAUUACUGAAGAAAAAGUCUUAUUAAAUGGAUUUUAAGGAAAGAUAUUUGUGGUUGAAAAUAAAGUCACAGGACUUAAAAGAAUAGCUAAGAUCACUAGAAAUACAUUAAAUAAUGAAUAGAUUACUAAAUAUGUUGAUGACUUGCAAUCACUUAAAAAAUUAGUAAGUUUCAUAAAAAUAUUUAGGAUCAUCCUAAUAUUAUUAAAUUAUUUGAUUUUUAUUAUGAUGAUAAACACAUAUAUUUGGUAGAAGAAUACUAUGAUGGAGGAGAUUUAUAUCAAAGAUUAAGCACAGAAAUGCAUAGUUAAGAGAAAAUUCAUGUGGCAUUUGUUUUUUAAUAGGUUUUAUCAGCAAUUUAUUAUUUACAUUCAUAAGAUGUUAUACAUAAAAAUAUAUAAACAAGUGGUGUAGUAGUAGCAUAAAAAUCUAAUUUAUUAAUUAAGUUAACUGGAAUUGAUGACUUAUUUAAUAUUUUUUAAGAAUCUGAUUCUGAUAUUAGUUAUAGAGCACCGGAAACAUUUAAUGAUAAAUAUAAAUGGAAUAAGGCAGCAGAUAUAUGGUCAGCUGGUAUUAUAUUAUUUGAAUUAAUGUAUGGAAAACAUCCAUUUAAAGAUUAAAAUAAAUAAUUGACAAUUUAAAAUAUUAAGAGAAAUAAUAUUAAAGAAAAUAUUGAUUUGAAUACAAUUAAUGAUGAUGCAUUUAAAUUAAUUAGUGAUAUGAUUAAUCCAGAUUUUAAAAUGAGACCUAGUGCUAAAGAAUGUUUAAAAUUUAAAUUUUUUAAGACUAUUAGAAGAUCAUCUAUGAAAAUUACUAGUGCUUUAUUAAGAGUUAAAGAAUUUUAAAGAAAAAAUGAAUUAAAAUUAAUAUUAUUGAGUUUAAUGAUAGAAUAUUUAAUGCCUAAAGAAGAACGUGAUAAAAUAGCUUAAACUUUUUAUAAAAUUGAUCUUAAUAAUGAUGGUAAAAUAUCGAAAACUGAAUUGUAUUAAUAAUAUUUACAAAGAUCUGGUAAAGAAGAUUAGGCAAGAGAAGAAGUAGAUAAGAUAUUUUCAUAAUUAGAUAUAAAUGGAAAUUAAUUUUUAGAAUUCAAUGAAUUUUUAAUUGCAUCUUGUAAUAAAACAGAUCUUUUGAAUGAAGAAAAUCUUAAGAAUUUCUUUAAUAAAUUAGAUAGAGAUCGUAGUAAACAAAUAUCUGCAAAUGAACUUAAAGUCUUUUUCUAUAACACUAAUUUAUCUUAAUCAGAUUGGCAAUAAGUAAUUUAGUUGGGUUAAAAUAAAGAAGAAACAAAUCAUAAAAUGUCUUAUUAAGAAUUUGUUUCUUUGUUGACUGAAAAUUGA